UGGAGAUGCAUGGGAAGGACUGCUAAAUAGAUUAAGUACGUUUUAUUAUUACACAUGAAAACGCUCUUUCCCCCAUCAACAAUCAGAAUCAACACACACAAUACACUGACCUGUAUUGAAAUGAUGCUGUAAACGAUUACAAGGUUUUAUAAAUUACAGUUUAAGGUUAGAAGAAAAGGAUAUAUUUUUGUAAUGUGGUUUCUUCAUAUCACGUUCCACCUGCCAUGAUCUCGCGUUAGUUCCCGGAGAGGCAUGAGAAGGACUGAAGUGAGUGAAUAGAUUUGAAAAGCAUGCCCUGUGAAGUGAAGCCUCGGUUUGUGGUUCUCUACGGGUCUCAGAAGGGCCAGGCCGAGUCCCUAGCAGAGGGAAUAGCCGAUGUGGCAGAGGAGCAUGGACUGGUGGCUGAGCUCAGUUGCUUGAACCAGAAUGAGAAGUACAAUCUGGAGGAGGAGAAGGCCCCGGUGGUCUUUAUUUUAUCUACCACUGGAGACGGGGAACCACCAGACAAUGCCCUGCAAUUUGUAAAGCGCAUCAAGAAGAAGACCCUCCCCUCUGACCACUAUAGACACCUUUGCUAUGCACUUUUAGCUUUAGGAGACACAAAUUAUGCAAAUUUCUGCAACUGCGGGAAGACGGCUGAGCGUCGUCUGCAGGAACUUGGAGCCAAACAAUUCUAUGCGACAGGAUAUGCAGAUGAUGGUGUAGGACUGGAGGUGGUCGUGGACCCCUGGCUGGAAGGACUGUGGAAAGCAAUCAAAGGAGCUUUAUCAAAAAUGGCUUCUGAUAAGACUGGUUACGCUAAUGCAGAAGCAGGGGAUUCAAUAAAGGAAACUCCUGAUUCAUCCAUACCAGAUGUCCAACUUAACCUUUUGAGAAUAACUGACCAGCAGGACUGUGGGUCGACUGGAGCAUCUGCAGAAAGCCUCUCCAAUUUAGCAACCGCUGCUUCAGCGUCUGCUGCAUCUGAUCUCAGGCCAGCUGUUUCUGCAGGGGGUCCGGUGUUUCCAUCCCAGCCUCUUGGUACUGCCAGUGUUUCUGCAGCGGUGACACAGAGCGUCGAUGCUACAGUUCUUCAUGUUGCAUUAGCAGCUUCCCUGACACACUCCCUGCCGCCGCUGUCUGAGUCCACUCUCAAUGUCCCCGCUCUGCCUCCUCCCUACCUCGAUGUCACCCUUCAGGAGGCAGGCACUGUGCAACAGAUUGUUGGACCGUCAAACAAGGAGACUCUGCAUGAGGUUCCCAUAUCCAGAGCCCUUCAGCUGACCAGAGGAGAUUCAGUCAAGACAGCUCUUCUCUUGGAGCUGGACCUCUCUGCUCACCCAAACCUGACAUAUCAGCCGGGGGAUUCCUUUGAUGUGUUCUGCCCAAACAAAGACACUGAGGUCAUGCUCCACAGAUUGGGCCUUUAUGAGCAGAGAAACCACAGUGUUCAGCUUUCUCUACGUAAAGACACUAAGAAGAAAGGUGCCCAGGUGCCAGCCCACGUUCCCCCCAACAUUUCUCUGCUGUACUUGCUCACAUGGUGUCUGGAGAUCCGGAGCGUUCCUAAGAAGGCGUUCCUGCGGGCGCUGGUGGAGCAUACGGACGACGGCGUGCAGAGGAGGAGACUGCAAGAGCUGUGCAGUAAACAGGGCAGCGCAGACUACAACCUGCAUGUGAGGGACCAGAGCCUGGGCCUGAUGGAGCUCCUCUCCGCCUUCACCUCCUGUUCGCCUCCCCUCAGCCUCCUCAUAGAGCAUUUGCCGAAACUGCAGCCCCGGCCUUAUUCAGCAGCCAGCUCCUGGCUCAGGUAUCCAGGAAGGUUGCAUUUUGUCUUCAACGUGGUGGAGUUCCCAGCAUGCACUGCGCGGCCUGCGGGGAGGCGAGGGCUGUGCACCGGUUGGCUGUUUGACCUCGUCCAUCCUGUCCCGGUUUUCCCAGAGAAGGCUGAAUCGCCACAGAUCCACGUGAGUCUGAGACCUAAGUGCCUCUUCCGGCCUCCCUCUGACCUGUCGGCGCCCUUCAUCAUGGUCGGACCGGGGACGGGAGUCGCUCCCUUCAUUGGCUUCCUGCAGCAGAGGGAGAUUGAGAGGAAGGAGAACCCUGAUGCCAUAUUUGGGGAGACCUGGUUGUUCUUCGGGUGUCGCCACAGAGACAGAGACUACCUGUUCAGAGAGGAGCUGGAGGGCUUUGUGUCCAGUGGCGCACUGAGCCAUCUGAAGGUGUGUUUCUCCAGAGAUGAUCCGGAGGAGCAGGAGGAGGCCUUCACCUCCGCAGCACCACCCAGAUACGUGCAGCACAACCUGCUGAGGAACAGCCGACAUGUCACCGACAUCCUGCUCACACAGAAGGGCUUCCUCUACGUCUGCGGAGAUGCUAAGAACAUGGCUAAAGACGUGAACGACUCCCUGCUGGAGCUGAUCAGGGCGGAGCUGCAGGUGGACCAGCUGGACGCCAUGAAGGCGGUGGCCGGGCUGCGGGAGGAGAAGCGCUACCUGCAGGACAUCUGGGGCUGAGCACAGGGGAGGACAUUCUGCAGCAUCCACUGGUCCUUUUAACGCCUUUAACACCAAAAUGCAUGCUCAGCUGUAACCUUUUAGAGCCGUAAAAUCGUGGAUGCUGAAGGAAGUUUACUGACCCAGGGGUUCACUGCUUCAUCGGGGGCUUUGCUAUUUGAACAGGGAUGAUCUGGGUCACAGCAGUGCUGCAGCAGAUUGCUCCUGCAGUGUGAAAAUGCUUUUAGUGCAGACAGGCCUCCUCCGUUCAUCCCAUCUGGGGAAAAAUAUUUUACCUUCCUCGCCUCCUGUGACGGGGAGAUUGUGAUGAGACUGGCAGUGCUCCGACCUCGAUGAAAACAACACAACAAUCUGAAGCUGCCCAACAACACACAGGGAAGUGUUGAUAGUCAAUCAGGAGGUGGUUUUCUUUUGAUUCAGGGUCAUUUCUUUCAUCUUUUUGAAGGUAAAUCAGGAUUUGAAGUAAGUUUCUCAAUCCAAAACAAAGUGUUUUUUGAUUUAACCAACAUUCUGUUGUAUUUUGACCUGUUUUUGAGGUAAUUGAGACAGAUUUGAAUGUAAAUAAUCCUUCAAAAAGCCCCAUUUUAUAGCCAAUCAUCACUUUAACCAGUAUACUCUCUGGGAUUUUGAAUACAGAGGCAAAUCUCAGUAAAUCUCACUUAUGAUGCUCCGCUCGGACCAGAGGAAUCUAUCAAACGAACUGUUUUUGAAGCUUUCGUCCCCCACUGACUUUUCCGAAGUCCUGCAAACCCAAUUUGAGUCCCACAAACUGUCAUUGAAACCCACACAGCUGUGCCUUGUGUGAUUAGGAAUUAAAAAGCCUCAAUGAUC